AUGGCUGAAGAAGACAGCCUCGCCGCCCUCCAGGGCCUACACCGCGACUUGUGCGCCCACAUCGACCUGCAGCUGCCCGUGCUAGAGCGGCUGCUGCUGAACCUAGAAGCGCAUUUGGAUGAGCUCAAGACGCUGCUGGACAAGAAGCCAAAGAACGAUGCGAGCAGACAGGCUCUGAGCUCUGGCAAGAUUAAGAUUGACGACAACGAAUAUGAGGUCAACGACGAUUUCAAGCAGCAGACGCUCGAACUGGCCGACGCCCUCAACCUCGACGAACUCGACGCCGCUGCCCUCUUCCUGGGCGCCGAAAGCGAAGCCCAAGAGCUAGACCGAUCGCAGCUGCAGACCGCCGUGAUCCGCUUCCACCGACGCCGCGAAUACGUCCUCCUCUGCGUGCGCAUAUUGAUCAAGACGGCACUGGACAAUGGCGAUUCCGAAGUCGAGGGUCUUCCCGUCCUGCAGGAGGCUGCCCAGAUGAUAGUCGGUGUACAUGGCACGACGAAUCUGAUGAAUGCGUACGGCUUCUGGACAAAGUGCCUGACAAGCAUGGAAGCGGUAGAGGAGUGGCUACAGUCCAUUGCAGAGCGCGUCCAGAGUACCCAGGUUGUUGGCCAAGUGCCUCUUCCGGGCUUUGUCGAGAUUAUGGACUACCAGCGCCAAAGCCUUACACGACAGCACGAAAACCUUGCCGCAAUAUGCACGCACAUGAUCAAACCCGGAUACGUCAACCUCGACAACUACAAGGCCUUGCUCACCCGAGCCAAGUCCCUCGACCGACACGACCUCAUCACCAUACACUAUGUCCCAAUUAUUCUGCGACUCACGUCCUGGGUCGCAUCUGAAUCCAACAACGUCAUGCUAAGAGAAGCGCGCGCCCUCCACGACUCGCUUAUGGCUGGUCGGGAAAGCGACAACUGGGCGCUGAGGAAUCUGCAUUCGGCGACUUUAACUUGGUGGCUGGCCGAGUACAGUGGGCGGUACAUGGACCCCAACACCCAGGACGCUGCUCUGCAGGGCAUUAAUUUCGAGGACGAGGCCAACGCUCGAUCUGAAAUCUUCCUGAAAGCACUCAACGACGGUGCCUUCCACUUCAUGCUUUCAGUCAGUCAGGAUGUGCGCCCCACUCGCUGGUACGACCCUCAGAAGACCAGCAUGCUGUCCACGCUGUUGCAAGACACCACCGUCCUGAGCAGAGACUCAGCGCAACCCGAGGAAUUCUUCAAGGAGCUUCUCAUGGAACAACUCCAAACUUUUGUCGACUCGUUCAUCACUCAUAUGCCUGAUACUUUACGUAAACUGAAGGCGGAAGAGGACGAUCAAAGACGACGAUUACAACUACACUUCCAGCGCUCGACUGGAGAGUAUCCGCUUCAUUUGGAAAGGUUCAUGGUCAUUGUCGCAUACGCUUUCGACGGAUUCCCAGAUGCAGCAGAAGACUUUUGGAGCGACAAAGAAAGUAACCUGUACGGAUUCCUGCAAUGGGCAGCCAAGCGCCAGCCGACGCCUCGGAUAGCCAUGUUUUGCGAGAUGUUACGGGCGAUCGGUUCUGGAGAGGCGAAUGCGGAAGCGGCACAUCGAUUCUUGCUCGAAGAGGGAGCGUCUGCUUCUGGCAAGAUUCGCCGAACCAGUUCGCUCAGCUACACAACCAUCUUCAACGAGCUGCGCGAGUUCGAGAACGAUAUCCACGAGCCGAAGAAGACGAUUCAAAGCAGUGUCUACGCCCCAACGAAUCCAAUCGAUCAGAUCGUUGAGCCGGAAAGCGCAACUAUGCUGGAAAGCUAUUUGAGACUCAUUGCCCACAUCUGUAGACAAAGUGCUUCUGCUCGUAUGUGGAUAUUGGAUCUCAAAGAGUAUCACUUUGCUGGUAUCUGCUUCGGCCUGUGCACUGACAAAGUCGAGAGCGGGCUUCGCGCGGCCGCGUACGAUGCCCUGUCAGCUCUGCUUGUAGGCAAGGACGCCACGCGUGCAGAUGCGAUGUGGAGUCUCCUGGAUGAGUGGACGGUCAAUGGCUUCUAUACUGGAUCUAGACAAAACAAUGCUCUAAGCGCCACACCGAGAGACGAUUUGUGGCCUACGCUCGCUGACGGAUAUGAUGAAUCUAUCGCUCUGGUCCGAUUCCUCCACUCACUCGUGGAGCCGUACCCGGAAAACGAAGGUCUAAAUGACAGUCUGCCGUUCCCCGAGAGCCUAGGAUCAUCGCGUAGGAUGCCGGGUAUCGAGGGUUACAUUGACUUCGUCAUGCAGCAGGUGUUCGCAGAACGCUCCUUGGAAGUGAACGAACCUCUUCAACGCAACGUUAUGCGGUGGACAUGCCUGCGGUUCAUGGUCACAUGUCUGUCCACCUUCAAUGAGAAUCUCGUUGUGUUCGCAAACAAGUCUAGUAUACCUGUUGAUGAGGUCAUUGAUCCCACAUCGCUUGCUGUAUACGUUGCGCUUCACCCGUUCGCUCGCGUCAUGGAAUGGCUCUUCAACGACAAGGUCCUCAAGGCUCUUUUUGCUGCUUCGCAUCAUGACGUGACCGAGGUCGAUGCUGCCCCAUCCGACUCACCACUCAUUCAGUCUUUAAUGCUGAGCAUUGAGGUUAUGGAUCUAGUGAUGAAGCUUCAAGCGACUUACUUGGAUAUCGUCAAGCCAGUUCUCAAGCAACAAACGUCAUUCCACCAUUCUCCUGUAUCGAACCUGUCGCUUGCGUCCUUCGAAGACGCGAUCCUGAACAACUUGCAAAUUAUCGUCGAUCUUGGACUCUACUGUGGCACUGGCCAUGAAGCUUUGACUAUCGCUUCGCUCCAAUUACUAGAGAAGAUGGCUUCUUCACGGAAACUGGCUGUAUCUCCUGCGGGCUUCGGUCAACGAUCGGGACGAAGCAAGAUUGUCGGCAUACUGGAGAAGGACAAUGAAGCGGAGCGCAUAGGUCGGUCUCUCUCGGGAUUAAUGCGCUUCAGCGCCGAAGAGCUUGAAGCUGGCGAGGAAGCUUCCGGAUACAUAGUCAAGCUUCGCGUGCUGGACUUUUUGAACAGCUGCCUUGCUGCUGUGUCCCUCCGGCCAACGAUAGCGCAUAUCCUUCUCGGCUUUUCCUGUGGCACCAAUACUGUCCGUAUCGCCGAAGACAGCCUCUGGUCGAAUGGCCAAGCCUUGUUUCACAGCAUACUGCUUCUCGGUGUCCAAUAUCCUGACAACGACGGUGAACAGUUCAUAGCUUGGCGGUCUGCGCUCAAGACGCGAUGUUGGGAUGUUCUGCAAAAGCUCUGGCGGUCCCCAUUGACAAGCGCUAUCAUCAUGGAAGAGCUCCGCGAUAACGAGUUGCUAUUCAUUGAAGCACCCCAGCUGACUCCUAUCACACUUGAUAUACCCUGGGAAGGUAUGUCUCUUGCACAAGGGCUCGAAGUUGCACCCAGUGACUACUCUCCCUUCUUCUCAGGACCACCAGCACUCGCUCUUCAGAGCUUCCUCCAAAGACGCGCUGCUUUCCUGGACUACGAGUCGAGAGAACUCCGCUUGACAGUGAAAGAGAGCAUGCCCACGAUGAAGUCCAGGAUCCAAUCUGUCCUUCUUGGCACCACCAUACGACCCGGUGAAGACGCAACAUUGAAUCCAAACAUCUUCGAUUUGUUCGACUUUAUUGAGCUAACAUAUCCCGAGCGUGCUCUGCCCGACCAGCACGCAUUCUUUGAGGGCGUAAAUUUGACUUCAUGUCAAGAAGAGAAGGAAGGUAGCAAUCUUUACUCUCUGCCACUACUGGAGCAAGUCAUUCGCCUCAAGAUGAAGUAUUGGAGAAAGGCAAACAUGAUUCAGGACGAAGAGAAAGAGGAACUGCUGCUUCAAGAGGCCGAACUGCUUAUGGCUAUCUUUUUGGAUUGGAACCGACGCACUCAACUUCUCCAUUACCACAAAGAUAUUCUCCAGUCGUGGGUGCAAGUUGUCAUGGUUGCGGUACACAGCUGCGACUUUGAAAACGGCGCGCGCAGUUCCUUCAUCAUGCAAACGCUACAGGUCAUUCUACCAAAGCUUGAGCAAUCCUACACGUCGGAUAUCUUUACCGCCCUCCAACUCGCUAGCCUAGCGGAAUCUCUUGUGCAGAAGGUUGACUUCGAAUCGACUGCGUUCGACAAAACAGGCGACUUUGCGAACGAUCGACUCUCUCAAUUAUUCCGUGCCGCGCUAGUUGGCAUCUAUAGCCCGGUGUCGACAGCCGAACUGCGAGAGUACUGCUACCAGAUCUGCUUCCGCUACAUCCACGGUACCUUCAACAAAGCGACACCCAACUCCCUGCUUGGUCGCCAUACACUUGGAGCCAUCAAGAAUUGCGGCACCAACAUGCUUGAGGUGAUAUGCGACGACGCCUACAGCGGGCAAGGAACAUGCAAGGUAUCUGCCUUACUCUUGCUUAACGCCUUCGUAGCGGCAGCAACUCGUCAAUCAUCCAAAUACAUCCUCGAUAGCUUCGUCUCCCUAAACUUCGUCGGUGUCCUCGUCGACAAUAUCAAGCAUAUCCCCGAGGAACUACGCGCUGCCGCCGCACCUCAAGUACCUGUGCUACUCUCCUACUACGAUGCCAGUCUCGCUCUCCUCCUCCGCGUCUGCCAAUCCCGCCUUGGCGCUGCUCACGUCCUCAACGCCGGUCUCUUCCCCGCUAUCCGCGAUUCUCAGAUCUUCUCUGUAGACCCAGACAUCGGUCUUGAGUUCGACGAUCCGAAUGCACUACGCAAAUACUACGAACUCAUGCUCGCCGUACUUCGUGUCAUCAACGCAGCAGUCAUUGCACGAGGAAGGCAAAAUGACCAGACUGUUUUCCAGGCCCGAGAGUUCUUGAAGGAUAACCGACACAGUAUGGUGAGCAUCUUCAAGAGGAGUGUCAAUGUGGGCGUAGGUAUGGGUGAAGAGCUACAGCAGGAUAUUGUGGAUUUGGUGGAUUGUUGGACGGUUCUGGUAGAUGUCACUGGGUUCCUGCAGUAUGAGGAUCAAUCGAGCUUGAAGAAGGCCAGGCCGAAUAUGUUCUCUUAA